UAUGGCUUUAGAACAUCACGAAAUGAAUAGUCAUUACGUUUUGACUCUUCAAGUGUCCAACUAUAUAUUUACUUCAAUAUUCGUAGCUGAGGCUCUAUUAAAACUAUUCGCUUACUCCAAAGUAUACUUCAAGUCGGCUUGGAAUCUCUUUGACGCUGUUGUGGUAAUUGCCAGUAUCAUUGAUUUAGGACUCGAGAGUGUAAAAGGCUUAAGUGUAAUUAGGACUUUUCGUCUACUCCGUUUGUUACGUGUAUUCAAAUUGGCUCAGACAUGGCAGACAAUGAGAAUGUUACUUCAGAUUAUCCUAAGUACUCUUGGAGCGUUGGGACAUUUGACGCUUAUUUUAUGCAUUGUUAUCUAUAUAUUUGCAGUAAUUGGUAUGCAAUUAUUUAGAGAUAGUUACUCACCCAGUAAAUUCUAUCCAGAUGAGAAACCAAGAUGGAAUUUCGACGAUUUUGGCCAUUCAAUUAUCCUAGUUUUUCGGAUAUUGUGUGGGGAAUGGAUAGAACCCUUGUGGGAUUGUAUGAGAGCGGCUGGACAAACCUGUAUGGUUGUUUUUAUGCCAACAUUAAUUUUGGGUAAUUUUAUGGUUUUGAGUCUUUUCCUUGCUCUCUUGCUCAACUCUUUCGCCAGCGAUUCCCUAAAGAGAGACCAGGAUGUUAAAGAGGAUUCAAGGAUGAGACAGGGUUGGAAACGAAUUCAAUCUCUAUUUAAAAAGAGAUCCGUCGAACCAGAUAAUAAUAAGCCAAAAAAGUUAUCGGUAGCCGAUAUUGCACAGGUCCUACGACAGAAUCAACUUUCAAAAUCAAGUGAAAAGCUUAACGUAACUGAUUCUUCGUCCAUAAACAAUUUAGUUCCGUCCGUAUCUGUCACGAACGUUGACGAAACUAGUAAAGAUAAACCAAAACAAAAUGGGGAAGUCACUCCAACUAGUGAUUUAGAUACUAGUCAACCACAGUCUUCCCCUGCGAAUGGUUCUGUCCACCAGGAUAAUGAAGAGAUGAAAAGCACAAAGAGUAAAUUGUUUCUAAGCCUACAACAGAGCAAGAUAGAAAAUUCUAACGAUUCGGAGAAUACGGACGCAAAAUCGAGUAGUACACCUCGUUCUAUUUUUGAAAUUGAGGAGGAAAGAAGAAGAAACGAACAAGAGGAAGAGGAACAAGACAAAGCAAUACAAGACUGUUGUCCUGCAAUAUGCUAUUCAAAAAUAAAAUUAUGCAAUACUCUUCAAAAUUCUAAACACGCACCGAAGUGGAAUAAGAUGAGGGAAAUAUGCUUUACGAUUACAGAGAAUAAAAUAUUUGAAUAUACAAUCCUCUUUAUUAUCUUUGCAAGUAGUAUUUCACUGUGCUUUGAGGAUGUAUACCUGGAUGACCCGGAUAGAAAGCAAUUAAAGGAUGCUCUAUACUAUUUAAAUAUUAUCUUUGUAAUAAUAUUCACAGUUGAAAUGUUACUUAAAUGGGUUGCCAUUGGAUUUAAGAAAUAUUUCAGUAGUUUUUGGACCCUUUUAGAUUUUGCUAUUGUUGUGAUAUCAAUUAUCAGUUUGGCAGCUGACUCAAUUGGUGCAUCGUCUAUCUCCUCUUUUAAAUCGUUGAGAACAUUAAGAGCUUUAAGACCUUUACGAGCUAUAUCGCGAUGGCAAGGAAUGAGAAUCGUUGUUAAUGCUUUGAUGUACGCAAUUCCAUCCAUCUUUAACGUAUUGCUAGUCUGUUUUGUAUUCUGGUUGGUAUUCAGUAUUGCAGGUGUUCAGCUACUCGGCGGAAAGUUCUACAGAUGUGUUGAUAGCAAUGAUGUGAAAAUAGCAAAUACAACCUAUAUACCCGACAAAAAGACAUGUCUUGCUGAAGGUCUACGAUGGAAAAAUGCUCCAAUACAUUUUGAUAAUGUAUUACACGGCUAUCUAGCGUUAUUUCAAGUAGCGACCUUUGAAGGUUGGAUGGAAAUUAUGGAGGAUGCCGUAGACUCAACUGAUAUUGACUUACAACCGAUUAGAGAAAAUAAUUUAGGCUACUAUGCAUAUUUUGUAGUAUUCAUUCUGGUUGGAUCGUUUUUUACUUUGAAUUUAUUCAUUGGUGUUAUUAUUGAUAACUUUAAUAUGCUCAAGAAAAAAUACGAAGGCAGUUAUUUAGAUAUGUUUCUAACUUCAAGUCAGAAGAAUUACAUGAAUACAAUGAAGAAACUCGGCAAUAAAAAACCUCAGAAAACCAUUAAACGCCCAAAGCAUAAAAUUCAAGCUUUUAUCUUUGAUGUUGCUAUUAGCACAAAAUUUGAAUUAGCUGUUGUAGUGCUAAUUCUAUUAAACAUGCUUUGUAUGGCAAUUGAACACUACAAGCAAUCUCAAGCAGUUACAGAUGCUUUAGAAGUUAUUAAUUUAAUAUUUGUAACAAUAUUUACUUUGGAAGCUGCAGUAAAGAUAUUCGGUUUAAGAUGGCAUUACUUUAGAAGAGCUUGGAACGUUUUCGAUUUUAUAAUUGUUGUCUUAUCAAUAGUUGGUGUCGUCUUAUCGGAUGUUCUUCGAUCUGUCUUCAUAAAUCCAACUUUGUUAAGAGUAGUAAGAGUAUUCCGAAUUGGCCGAGUUCUAAGACUUAUUAAAGUUGCAAAAGGAAUAAGGAAAUUAUUGUUCGCCCUCGUAAUAUCUCUUCCAGCUUUAUUCAACAUAUUUAUGCUAUUAUUCUUGAUUAUGUUUAUCUAUGCUAUCUUUGGUAUGAGUCAAUUUGGGAAAAUUAAACAUGGAGAUCAUAUUGACGACAUUAUGAACUUUCAAACAUUCCCCAAUGCUUUGUUACUGCUGUUCCGUUUAACAACGGCGGCUGGAUGGAAUGAUGUUUUGUAUCCCAUGCUGGUAUCGGAGGCUCCUGAUUGUAAUACAACCCAUUGGCAAAGGCCGGAUGGUAGAUGGGAAAAGACCAAUGGGGGAAAUUGCUCCAAUUCAUUUAUUGCCAUUGCGUUUAUGGUGUCCUAUAUAUUUAUCACUUAUUUAAUUAUAAUUAAUAUGUACAUUGCUAUAAUACUUGAAAAUUUCCACCAAGCUCACGAUCAAGAAGAGGUUGGUAUUACCGAAGAUGACUUUGACAUGUUUUAUAUGGUUUGGGAGAAGUAUGAUCCGCAUGCUACCCAAUUUAUUAAAUAUGAACAUUUGUCGGACUUUGUGGGUGAUUUAGAUCCACCUUUAGGAAUUUCUAAGCCAAAUGAAAUAGCAUUAGUGUCCUUCGACUUACCAAUUGUGGAAGGAGACCGUCUCCAUUGUUUAGAUAUACUUAUUGCAUUGGUUCGUCAUGUUUUGGGAGAAGUAGAAGUGACCAACGAGUUCCAACAACUUAAACAACAAAUGGAGAGCAAAUUUAAGGAACAAUUCCCAACACGAGUACAAUUCCUUCAAACGACAACUACAAUGAGAAGGAAAAAAGAAGAUGUAGCUGCUAGAACUUUGCAACGAGCUUGGAAAAAGCACAAAGCCGAGGUAAGUAUUAGGAGGAUUACUCAGAUGGCUAUGGAUCAAAAAAAUAAAAGCCUAACCAGAUCAUCUAGUAUCUGGAGUCAGAGGAGAGACUCUCAAGCAUCGCAAGCAGGAAGCUUUGCAAUAGCUCAAAGAAGAGCGUCUAAACUAUCAAAUAGGCUUAAAGUACCGACAGCUGAUACAAGUAUAUCAUUGCCUUCAGAGAAGAAUGAAGAUGAUCUCUAA